UCACUGCGUCGGUCGUUUACUAAACAAAGAUGUAUAAUAUUAUUAUUGGUGGAAUAAUAAUUGUAAUAGUCUUGAUCGUGUAUCAGAAAAAGCGAGUGGCAAUUUGCAAGUCAACGAAAAAGCUUCAAGGAAAAACUGUUAUUGUAACUGGUGGGACGGCUGGGAUCGGAUUUGAAAUUGCAAAAGAUUUUGCUCGAAGAGGUGCCAAAGUUAUAAUUGCUUGUCCGUUUGAUAAAGAGGGUAACACAGCUCUCGAAAGGAUAACCAAAAUAACUGGUAACCGUGAAAUUUACUUCAAAAAAUUAGAUCUCGCAUCUUUAAAAUCCGUAAGAAAUUUUGCAACACAAAUUCUGGAACAAGAAAAAAGACUAGACAUUCUCGUAAACAAUGCUGGAGUGGGCAUCCCUGGAAACUUUCUAACCGACGAUGGAAUCAAUUUUAUAAUGCAAGUCAACUAUUACGGACACUUCCUGUUAACCCUCCUCCUAUUGCCAUUAUUGAAGUCAACUGACACCCAAUCGGAACCUGCGAGGAUAAUCAGCAUGACAUCGGUUAUGCGUAAAUAUGCAUCAUUAGAAGUAGAUAAUUACAACAAAAUUGGAGUUUGGUCUAAAGUAAGAGUUUACGCAAACAGCAAGUUGAGUUUAGUGAUGUUUUCACGGGAAUUGGCGAAGAGACUUCAAGAUUCUAAUGUGUUAAUAAAUAGUGCGGAUCCAGGUGUGGUUGCAACUGGGAUCUAUUACAGUGUAAAUAGAUACAUUGCCCCUUUUAUCAAUUUGUUUAUAUAUUCGUUCUUGAGGACAGCGUGGCAAGGAGCUCAAACGGUCAUUCAUAUGGCAACAGAUAACAAAACAGACCAUAUUAGUGGAAGAGAGUUUGAAAACUGUAAACUAACUGAUACUAAUAUGAGGGGUGAUUUUGACCUUGCGUCAAAGAAAUUGUGGGAUCAGUCAGUUAGGCUUGUCCAACUCGAAGAGUAUGAAUUAAACAGAGCCUUGAAAUAAAUAUCAAAUGAUAUGAAGGGGUUUGAAUGUUUAAGUAUGAAGCUUAGCUUCUGCAAUCCGCUUUUUUUUUAAUAACUUAAAUAAAAACGUGUAACUAUUUUACAAACAGUUUAUUGAUGUUAUGGAAUUGAUAAACUUAAAACUGAAACUAAACGUGCGAGUCAGCUCCGAAAUAUUGUUUUUAUUUUUUGUUAAUCCAACAUAGAUCUAACACUACGUCAACAAGAGAUUAACCGUCAAAGUCAAUUAAGUAGUAGGUAUUUUCAAGGUAGGUAAGUCUGAUUUUCUUAGUUAAAUUUUUCCAUACCGACUUCAGGUUUUUAAGUAGACUCUAAGCAUUAAAGUAAACAAAAAUAUCCAAAACUUAUUUCGUGAAACUUAUUUAGUUAUGAUUAUGAUACGUAACAGUAUAUAUUUAAAGUCAAAAUAACUCGAAUAUAAUAUGGUCUUUUUUUAUAUUGUUUUCAACCGUUUAUAUAUUUG